AGAGGAGACGCGGGGGAGCGAGCAGCAUGGCCCGGCUCGGCGGCGGCCCGCUGUGCUGCUGCUGGGGGCUCGUCCUCUUAUGGGCGGUGGCGGGGGGCCGAGCAGAAAUGCGCUAUGCAACUUUGUACUGGAAUAAAGCUCAAAAAAUACUUCAGGUCAAGAAUAUACUGGACAGGAGUGGAGAUGCCUAUGGCUUCUACAACAACACUGUACAGACAACAGGUUGGGGAGUUCUGGAGAUAAAAGCAGGCUAUGGCCAUCAGACCUUAAGCAAUGAAGAUAUCAUGUAUGCAGCUGGAUUUUUGGAAGGCUAUCUCACAGCUCCGCAUAUGUAUGACCACGCUGCAAACAUGUAUCCACAAUUAAUUAAAAAUCCCACAGUUCGAAGUGGUGUUCAGAAUUUCAUGGCGAAACAAGAUCAAUGGACAAGACAACAAAUCAGAAAUAAUAAGGAUGACCCCUUUUGGAGGCAUGCUGGCUAUAUUAUUGCACAGUUGGAUGGUCUGUACAUGGGAGCCCUCGAGUGGGCUAAACUACACAAACAAACACCACUGAGCGUCUUUGAUGUCCAGUUUCUGAAUGCAGUUGGAGACCUGUUGGAUCUCAUUCCCGCAUUAUUUGAGUAUUCUGCACGAAGCGGACAGUGCAAUGUUGAAGCUGGAGGCCAUGGGAAAUACCAGUGGGAUAUGGGUCACUGCUCUGCUCUCAUCAAGGUUUUACCUGGAUAUGAGAACAUAUAUUUUGCCCAUUCCAGCUGGUUUACAUAUGCAGCCACAUUGAGAAUAUAUAAGCAUUGGAACUUCAAUAUAGCUGAUCCAUACACUAGCACCAACCGUGUCUCAUUCAGCAGUUACCCAGGCUUUUUAGUGUCCCUGGAUGACUUCUACAUACUAGGCAGUGGCUUGAUAAUGUUGCAGACCACCAACAGUGUGUUCAACCAAACCCUCAUUAAGCAAGUGGUGCCUGAAUCCCUGUUUGCUUGGCAGAGGGUCCGCAUUGCUAACAUGAUGGCAGACAGUGGCAAAGCUUGGGCAGAAACCUUCUCAAAAUGCAACUCUGGGACCUACAACAAUCAGUACAUGGUGCUGGACCUGAAGAAGGUCAAGCUACGGAAGAGCCUUGAUGACGGUGCACUGUACAUUGUUGAGCAGAUCCCAACCCUUGUGGAAUAUUCUGAUCAAACAAAUGUUCUCCGGAAAGGUUACUGGCCUUCAUACAAUAUUCCUUUCCAUCAGAAGAUUUACAAUCUCAGUGGUUAUGCAUCAUAUGUUGAGAAGUAUGGGCUGGAUUUCUCGUAUGAGCUUGCUCCACGAGCAAAAAUCUUCCGUCGAGACCAGGGCAAGGUGACCAACUUAGAAAGCAUGAAGUACAUCAUGAGAUAUAACAACUACCAGCACGAUCCUUAUGCUGAACGCAAUCCCUGCAACACCAUUUGCUGCCGAGAAGACCUGAAUCCUUCCUUCCCAGUGCCUGCAGGCUGCUAUGACUCCAAGGUGUCAGAUUUCCGCCUGGCCUCAGCAUUCACCGCCACAGCCAUCAAUGGUCCCCCAGUGCAGGGCGGUCUCCCGGUCUUCACCUGGAGGCGGUUCAACAACACACGCCAUCAGGGCCUGCCUGAAUCAUACAACUUCAAAUUUGUCACCAUGAGGCCAAUCCUGUAAAAUCAGCAUCAAUAUUCCAAAAUGGGAUUUUACUUUUUUUCAUGGAAACUUUCAUUCCUGUGUGUAAUAAAUCCAGCUGGAUGUACACAUCCCCACGCCUUGCCUGCCCCUCUCCUGCUCUGUGCAGCACAGCAUGUGCUCUGCUCCUCUGGGCUGUCUGGGUGGCCCUUCAGCUGGGAUGGAUGGGAAACAGCAGGUGCUGUGCUACCCUUUGUCGAUCUGAGCAUCAUCUCAGCUGCUCCCAGAGCACGAGUGAACUGCUGUGCAGUCACAGAAGUGAUUUGUAUCUAUACAUAGGAGCUGCCUCCAGGACUGGGCUGAGCCACGUGGCUUUACCUCUUGCUGGCUUCAUGGCUGCCCUUAGUCUGAGCAGUGCUGGCAACGUGCUGCAAGUUGCUUAUCAGCGGGGAAUGUUUCUGUCAAAGAGUCACAGCCAUGUUCUCCAUAGCAGGUAACUGAGCCUUCUUAAUUACAUAUACAACAAAUAAACAGCUCUUUCCUCUUGGCUUUGACAGUCCAAUCUAAACAGAGCACAUUACCACCCUUAAUCAUAUAGGCAGAAGUGUGAGGUUUUGGCAAGGGUUGGGAAAGGAAGUAGGUUACUGCAGCUUGACUGACACUGCCCUAAAUAUCUGGCUGUCACAUUGUGCUUGAUUUCUGCCAAGGGGCAAGGGAGACCAGAAAUUAAGACAGCAGAUUUUGCUGAGGCUCAAAAUCAGUGCAGAGAAUGAAGUAAUUUGUUUGCUGGAGCAGGAGGAAAUAUGUCUGAGAAGCCACAAAGAGCAUUUGCACUGCAUCAGGACUAGGUGGCUGCAAGGGCACACAUAUAAUUGCUGUACAUUCAGCUGUCCUGCUGUUGGAUGGAGAAUAAAUGUGAUAUUCCCUUGAUGCCAUGUAUGAACCAAGAGAUAGUGCUGCACAGGUGCCUUUCCCCGGAGGUGGGGGGGGAGAAAAUAACCCUACUGACAGUUUUGGGAGAAUGCUGUGCCCCCACAUGCUGCUUACCUUGUCUUUGCUUGGAAUGUGUGGAUGUAGUUCCUACUGGCCCUUGAUCAAGGGUUGCAGCCUCUGCCUGGUUGGUCAGUGUUGUGAGCCCUUGCUGUGACAAGGGCAGGCUCCAGUCUUAAAGGGUAGCGGGCUCCAUGCUUUCAGAAUAAACACCAAAUAUGAACACUG